AUGGGGAACAGUCUGCGGUGUUGCUUGGCUUGCGUCCUCCCGUGCGGGGCGCUCGACGUCGUCCGCGUCGUCCACCUCAGCGGCCACGUCGAGGAGUACAGCCGCCGCGCCUCCGCCGGGGAGAUCCUGGCGGCCAACCCCAACCACGUGCUGACCAGGCCGUGCUCCCGAGGCGUCGGGCGCCGGAUCUUGAUCGUGCCACCGGAGUCGGAGCUCAAGCGCGGGCGCAUUUACUUCCUCAUGCCCGCGCCCACCUUGCCGGAGCAGAAGAGGAGGAGGCAUGCCAUGGUCAGGACACGAGGAGGCGACGAGUACACGACCGAGAUUGCGUCGGGGAAGAAGCCGAUCCAUCGUCGGCGGCCGAGCGGCCGGGUCGGAGUACAUCGGUCGCAACUCGAGAGCAUUUGCGAGGACUCUUGA